AUGCAGAACAGAACUGCUCUGUGGAAGCACCUCCACCUUAGAAACGCCAUCACUCCCAACACCGUCACACCCAACACCAUCACCCCCAACACCGUCACACCCAACACCAUCACACCCAACACCAUCACCCCCAACACCGUCACACCCAACACCGUCACACCCAACACCAUCACCCCCAACACCGUCACACCCAACACCAUCACACCCAACACCAUCACCCCCAACACCGUCACACCCAACACCACUCCCCCAACCCCAUCACCCCCAACACCACUCCCCCAACACCAUCACACCCAACACCAUCACCCCCAACACCGUCACACCCAACACCACUCCCCCAACCCCAUCACCCCCAACACCACUCCCCCAACACCAUCACCGCCAACACCACUCCCCCAACCCCAUCACCCCCAACACCAUCACCCCCAACACCAUCACUCCCAACACGUCACACCCAAUACCAUCACACCCAACACCAUCACCCCCAACACCAUCACUCUCAACACCGUCACACCCAACACUCCCCCUGCAGCCCCCUACAGCCCCCCGCUGCCCCCCACAGCCCCCUGCUGCCCCCUACAGCCCCCCGCUGCCCCCUGCAGCCCCCUACAGCCCCCCGCUGCCCCCCGCUGCCCCCCGCUGCCCCCCGCAGCCCCCCGCAGCCCCCCGCUGCCCCCUGCAGCCCCCUACAGCCCCCCGCUGCCCCCUGCUGCCCCCUACAGCCCCCUGCAGCCCCCUACAGCCCCCCGCUGCCCCCUGCUGCCCCCUACAGCCCCCUGCAGCCCCCUACACUCCCUGCUGCCCCCCGCAGCCAGCUGGUGCUGA